UGCUCUUCUAAUCUGAGAGAUUAUCUCUUCGUACAGUCCUGCUGACAGAGUUUGCUUUAUUGUGCAAUAAUCUGUUUUUUAGUUAUCAUUUAUUUGUUUUAUCUAUGGUGUAGCUUGCAGGAUUUCCCUAGAAGGACACAGUGAUCUGGAGGUGCACCAAACUGUGUCAGCAGUCGGGGUAGAAUCCUCCCCAACAGUACCACCAACAGUGAUGUCCUCCCGCUGUUCCAGGCAGAGAUUUACUGGUUUAAUUCAAUCAGUGUCCAUGUGGGCGUCUGGUUCAAAAUAUUACGAUUCGCAGGCACAUCACUGGAAUCUACACAGUGAAUGACAAUAGUACGGCUAUAGUGCAUGCAGACUUUUACAAAAAAAGAAGGAAAGAAAGAAAGAUUUGGGUCAAUCCACUUUGGAGCCUCUGCCAAUGGUUUCUAAAGUAACAUUAUGAACAAAAAGAGCAAGCCAGGCAACUGUGGGGAAGACAUGGAGAAGCCUGAGUUCGAUUUCAAGGUCUGUCCAGAUUGUGAAGCCUGGGUAAGCAAAGAGGAGGAUAAGAAACAGCCUGUGAAGCCUGGAGAGACGGAGGAGAGCAGGGGAGAGGCCAGCAGCAGCAGCAGCAGCAGAAGCAGUGCUCUGGAGAGCCUGGGAGUCCCUGGGAUGGAGGCGGAGGAUGGAAAUCAGAGGAAGACUCCCGGUUUGGGGAAGACUGUCCGGUUCCAGGUGCCUCCAGAGAUAGUCACCACUGCAGCCGUGGGGUCCUCUGAGGGCAGCUUUUUCCAGGGGUAUGACCUGGAGGAUCUGGUUAGCUCCAGUUUGAAGGAUUUCUUUGAGUUCGAUGACUGGCUGGAUAUAACAGAGGACAAGCUGCUGAGAAAGAAGGUUCUGACUCCAGGGAGGGGGGUGUGUUCCCAGCCGAAAUCAGGCCAGGAGGUCACAGUGAAGGUGCAGGGCAUGCUGGAGGACGGGACCAUCAUAGAGAAAGACCCCAAGCUGACAUUUGUCAUCGGAGACAGGGAUGUGAAUCAGGCUCUGGAGCUGUGCGCCCCUUUGAUGCAGAAGGAUGAAAUUGCUUUGCUCAUCACCAGUGCAAAGUAUGCCUACGGCCAGCGAGGCAGGGACCCCGAUAUCCCAGCGGACGCCUCCCUGUUGUACGAGCUGCAGCUGCUGGAGGUCAGAGAGAGACCCUCUCUCCAGUCCCUGUCUGCUUCAGACUGCAUCAGAAUCGGGAGCCAGAAGCGUGAGCGAGGAAACUACUACUUCCAGAGGGAGGAAUACCAGGAUGCUUUCCAGUCCUACAGCACUGCGCUGCAGGUUCUCUCUGCACCCGCCUCGGCCGCCCCCACCCCGGAGCACGAGGAGCUGAGGGGUGGCCGGGUGAAGUGUCUCAAUAACCUGGCUGCUGUGCACAUAAAGCUGGAGAGGUACGACGACGCUCUGGAAACAAGCAGCUCUGUUCUGGAGCUGGACCCAGACAAUGUCAAAGCUCUCUUCAGGAAAGGAAAGUUACUGUCAGAUAAAGGGGAGUUCCAGGAAGCAAUGGAGACACUGAAGAAAGCUCUGAAGCUUGAACCUUCCACAAAGGCUAUCCACCUUGAGCUCUCCAAGCUGGUGAAGAAGCAGACAGGCGAUAAUGAAACGCCAAAACGGAAGCCGAAACCAACCCAUAACCUUGGGGAAAGCCUCGCUCCAUUCCCGAAACCACUGAAAAAGAACCCUUCAGGAAUUCCAUGGGAGUUGCUGCUUGCUGCUAUAGUGGUGGCUGUUGGCACCUUAGUGACAUCAAUGAUCCUUUCAGCAAGAAACUAACCGCUUCCCUUAAACCCAACGUGAAGGACGGGUGGUUAACACGAAACCUGCGAAACGAGACGGACAUCUGAAGAUGGAGGCCAUAGUGUGGGGCACAGGACCACACGAUAAGAGCAUUUGGUUUAAAUCCCACACUAGUAUGAGCCAUUUUAACAUGUCUUCUGGAAAUACCAUUUCUCACCCGUUUUGGACAUCAGUGUACAGCAGCUUGCUUGCAUGAGCUUGCUUACAAGACAUUACGGUAAGGCCAGACCCCAACCAUCCUGGAUGUUUAACCGUAAUGUCUGUAAAACAAACCCAGUUCAGCCACUGACGAUUCACUGUUAAUUUAAAUAAAAGUUCAGAUUUUAUUCAGAAAAUGUUUAUUUCUAACUAUAUGUAGAUUAUCAAAAAUAAUUAAAUAAACCGUGUUCCUUUAGGCAAACUGGUAGCAACAAAACAGUUCCAAGCUGUUUUCUUCAUAUAAACAAUAAUAAUGAA